AUGAAGGCCACCAUACUCGCCAUCUUGACCCUCAGCAGCUUCGGACUAGCUGCGCCGCCAAAGCUAGACGACGGCGGAAAGCCCGGUCCUCCCGGGGGCGGGCCAGCUGCAUCGCCAAGUCCGCCAGCCCCAUCGCCGAGUCCGCCAGCGCCCGGUGGUCCCCAGCCCAGUGGUCCCCAGCCCGGCGAUCCCCAGCCCGGACCCCCCACACCACCGAACCCCAACAGCCGGCACGGACUAGGUGCCAUAGGCGCCGUAGGCAUCGGGAUUCUGUCGGGCCAGGCGGAUGCCAAUGACUGCCGCACCUGGAAGAACGGGUGUGCCCAGCCAAACUGUCCCCUAAACCAGAGCUUCAUUGGCGGCUAUUGCCAAGAUACCAACAGUCCUAGAAUUUCCUGCUUCCGAGGCCAGAUGUGGGACUCGCUGAAACGGGAAUGUGUCAUCAUCCCGGCAGGCCAGCCUGGCACGACCAUACGAAUCGAGGACGAGAAAGUCUCUAGUGCACACAUUCUCUCGCAAUGCUUCGCGUUCCUUGAUUACUUUGUCUCGUCCUACGGCUAG